AUGGGUGGAGGUCUCGACCCAAAGCAUGGCGUGUAUCUUGGUGGAUGGGGUAACAUGGGCGUCACCACCCCAAUGAAGGGUAUCACCACAUACACUCUCUCCCAGAAUCGUCAACGACCAUUGGCCGGUAUGCUCUACAACGCCUUCUUCAACACCUACAGACGAUCCAAGGCGCAAAUCCUUUAUGUUGUCCCACCAUUCGUUAUUGCCUACGCCAUCAUGGACUGGGCUACCAAGAAGAACGAAUACCUUAUGUCCAAGCCUGGCCGCCUUGCCACCGGCUCUGACGAGUAA